UCACAUUAGCACGUAGAGUUGCCGAGAGAACACCUCGUCGUGCGUCCAGCGCUGCCCCAAGAUGUUCUUAGCACAACUGCCUCGGCAAUCUGAUCUCCUCUUCGUCAUCGCCCUCGUCCUUUUGUCUCUUACCCUGCCGACGGUGUGCCUCACCAACAUCACCUUGGGCGGUCUGUUCAGCCUCGGGGGUGCUGGCUCAGAUUGGGACGGCAGUGCUAUCUUGCAGGCCGCGCUAAUGGCCCUGCAGCACGUUAACGAGGACCCUACCGUGCUCCCGGAUUACCACCUGCACAUCGAAGUCAAGAAUUCUAAGUGCCGUCCUGGCGAAGGGAUGAAGGGGUUCGUGGAUCUAAUCAACGAGGAACCCACCAAGCUGAUGCUCCUUGGAGCGAGCUGCUCCGUCGUUUCUCAGCCUGUAGCGGAGACAUCUCAACACUGGAACCUCGUGCAGAUGUCCUUCAGCUCCGCUUCCGAUGUACUCUCGUUCAAAGGUCGGUUUCCGUAUUUCUUUCGGACGAACCCGGCUCAAUCUGGCCUGAACACGCCUCGUAUUGCCCUCCUGAAGGAGUACAGAUGGGAGAAAGUCGCCAUCAUACAUGAUAGUUCAGAGUAUUUCACAAGCGCGAUAAAUACCUUUUCAGAAGAGCUGUACGCAAACAACCUGACUGUACUGGCAAAAGAGUCUUUCCCUGCUGGAGAGCAGCCCACGGUACAACUUCAGAACAUCAAGGAUAAAGAUGCACGUAUCAUAGUGGCGAGUGCGUACGAGGAUGGCCUUCAACGGGUGUUCUGUGAAGCCUAUCACCUGGGAAUGUACGGCUCAAGAUACACCUGGAUGAUCGAAAGUUGGAAUAGCCUGAAUUGGUGGCAAAAUGUUUCCCGGUUAGGUUGUACGAACGACCAGAUGUACAAAGUGGCCGAAAAUUAUGUUGGAACAGUCUUUCUGAAUUUACGCACGGACAACAAGAGUUCGAGAUCUGGCUUGACGGUCAGCCAGUACGAGGAUGCCUAUACUUCCUUCACGCGCGGUGUACCAUACGCAGGGAAGGACUUCGCCUCAUUUGGGUACGAUGCUGUCUGGGCCGUGGCGUUGGCCCUACACAGCACGGUAGAAGAGCUCGCAGCGGAAAACUCUUCCGUGAGGAUCGAGGACUUCAAUUACGAUAACAUCAGCCAUUUGAAGGAGCGGUUUUUGAAGGCGCUUGGCACUCUUUCCUUUGAAGGCAUCACGGGAACCGUCUCCUUCGACAGAUCAGGAAAUCGUCUGGCUCCCUUCAAAAUCGAACAGCUGAUAGAUGGAGUGGAGGAAGAUGUGGGCAUAUAUUUCCCUGCCAGUGGCCUUCAGUGGAAGCGCCAUGGAAAACUCUCAUUCACUGCUGACCGCCCGCCACAAGAUGGUCCAGUACGGGAAUUUGUUUACCUUGGCAUUCACACGCCGUCUUUUGCAGUCUUUACGGGACUAGCUGUUCUAGGAAUGGGAAUGACUACCGCCUUCUUGACUGUGAACAUCGUUUUCAGGGACAAAAGGUUGGUGAAACUGUCUUGUCCCAACGUGAACAACGUGAUAGCAGUGGGAUGCUUCAUGUGUUACGUGGACGUCAUCGUGGCCGGUCUUAAUCAGAAUGUUGUUCCUCGGUGGAUUGUCAACGGCGCUUGCUUGGCUCAGGUCUGGAUACUCCCAAUUUCUUUCUCCCUUGCGUUUGGUGGACUCUUCGCAAAGACUUGGCGGGUCCACGUCAUCUUUAGUAACAAGACCAAGAGAACCAAAAUCUAUGACUCCCAUCUCUUCGCAAUCAUUGGUGUUGUAGUGGCGGUGGAUAUUGCCAUUAACUCUGUCUGGACAGCUUACGACCCCAGCCAGUUGGUUCUUAUCACCCUCGAUGACCAUCUAGAUAAGGAGGCGGAUAAAAUCAUUGAAGAGUCCUACGAUAAGUGCGACUCAACCAAAUCACCCCAAUUCUUGUGGAUCGGCAUCAUAUUGUUUUGGAAGGGAAUCCUGCUAAUGUACGGGGCAUUUCUGGCGUGGGAAACCAGGAACGUGACCAUGUCUCAACUAAAUGACUCCAAGUUUAUUGCCGUGGCUAUCUACAACGUGGCUGUUCCAAGCAUCAUCGUUGCCCCUCUGGCUACCUUCAUCAGCACCGAUUUGCCUGGCGUCUCUUACAUCCUCACUGCAUCCUGCAUCCUCUUCGGGACAACUGUCACCAACUGCUUGAUUUUUAUCCCCAAGAUCAUUGCGCUAUGGCAGGAGAGACACGAGGAGGCGCUUCAGGACCAAUGCCUUUUCACAACCUGCAACCAGAUAGCUCCACAAAAUGCAUCCUCAAUCCAACGCAGUAUCAAAAUCGUCUCUGUUGCGGUGCUGAAGGAAAAGGACAAAGAAAUUGCAGAGCUCAAAGAGCAGUUGGAACAGAAGGAGCUGAAAAUCGCAGGACUGAUGGAGCUGUUAGGCAAGAGUCGACCUGAGCAGAAACUGAAAAUCAACAACUGGGUGAAAUAAGAGCCCCAAAGCCACCAUGUCCUCCUACACACCAACAAAUAUGCGGAAAAGCAAGAGGGACCGUUUUCGUAGGGUUUUGGUAGGGGCACCUGUGAUGUUCUGUUGUUGGCUCUCCAGCACGGAGGUAGUGGGUAAAUGGACUGGGAGUGCACUCAUAUUCCGGGGUAACGGUCCCCCCUUAUCCGGUGAGCUGACUUGUCCGAGAGGGAAAUUUCGCUUCAAUACGCAUGCGAGAAAUUGUGUAGUGGUGAAUAUUUCCGCUAAAUCAGCCUAGAAAUGUGAGCACACUGGAUAAGUAAGACCGUGGGAUAUAGGCCUAUAUGUUUAUUCAGUAUAAAUCAAACCUUUCUCCUUCGGGGAAGUAAAUGUGGUUUCCACAAGAACCCCCUCCGCAAAUAAAACCUUACUUAGACAACUACGCUGAGUUUACGGGAUACGCCUCUGGCUUAGCCCAAAAUAAAAUUAUGAGGAUGGUAGAAUGAAAUGCCAAGUUGAGGAACUCGCUUCUUUAUUUAUAUUCCUGCACGUGCGUUUUCUUUGUGAAAUCAGAUUCUUCUUCAAAACAAUGUCUAAUUUUACACCAAUCAACACUGGAGCAAGAUACGUCACAUACGUUGUACAUUGUCAACGUAAAAAUGUAGGUUUUCCCGGCCAAUUUCAGAAAAGGUGUCAAUGAGUUACUGGUAGCAGUAGCAGGAGUCGUUAUCGAGCGAAAUAGAGCGAACAUUCAAAUCCCCGUUUCUGUUUAAAUCACACAUUGUCCGCAAUUGGCCAGGAAAACCUAUAUUUAUCCCACUGCAUAGCAUUUGUGUGUAAUAUCCAAGUCACUGAUUCUAACUCAAUACAAAUGAUUUGAAACCAAUAAUUUUGUUUUAUUUUUUUAUUUUUAAAGACCAACAACUUCUAUAAAUGCACUUGUGGGUCGUACGAUGUCCUGUUGAGGAUAAGAAGCUUUGCUUUCAAAUCUCCCAUUUCAUACCUGUAGCCUACUCAUUUGGCCUCAGUUAGUAUCAGAAAAUGUAAAGUAGAGCGCACCUGCAAAUCUCGUUAGUGGACUUCUCCUAGCGUACCGGAGUUGUACUUGUUCACCUUGUGAUCACCUUGCAUUCCUCGGGUCUCUUAUCUAGCUCAGAAAUGUACAUUUGCAAAGCCUUGCUGAGAAGCUGAUCCUGUGUUGAUUCAUAAAUCUCAUUGUCUUCGUGUUUCCCGUGCUUAAUUGGGUAUGGAGGAAACUUACCCUCCACGUGGCUACAUGGCUGGACGUGGUAAGGUUCCCGGUGUAUAAAUGGUCAAUAACCUUUAAAUCUAUGUCUGUCGGUUAUUUUUCAAGAUGAUUGUGUAAGCAGUCUGUGCACCUGAUUCUGUGCUCAAGUCACUUUGUUAACCUGCAUUUCGAGAUACCUUUGUGUUGCGCUCGACCCUUUGCUUCAUGCACACGACCCUAAUUCAGGAAGUUAUUGGUCUUCUUUUGUGCCCAUUGGUUGAGACUUUUCACCUUCGCUCACUUUAAAGAGAAAUUAAAAGGGUUUAAUAUAUUUUGACGGGGGCGGUUAGAUAGAGAUCGGCCAUACACAAACCAAAACAUCAGGCAGAAAUCUAGAACAUGUAAGGUCAAAUCUUGUAUUUAAUGAUUUGGCUGGUAACGGCGAUGACACUGCGGCUAUGCGUAGUCCUAUCGUGCCUUGCGAUACACAGUGUAUUGAUGAACAGCGGCGUAGCCUAAAUUUGU